AUGGAAACUGUCAGCGAAGUUCGGGUCCUAAAUGGGGGCGAUAAAUCGGAAUUACAGUCCUCUCGAUGUGGAGUGGAUUUGUCUAAAGACCUUCAAAAGUUGAUGUUAAGGAUCAAAGGUAGCUUUAUGAGCGACGAUGGCCGUGGAAUAGAUUAUGCAUCGCUGAAGAAUAGCAAGUUGUUUGAGGAGUAUCAGAGUUUGGCACAUGACUUGCAGGGGACGGCGAUCACUGUAUUGUCAGUUGAAGAAAAAAUGGCAUUCUUUUUAAAUGUUUAUAAUGCAUUAACUAUCCAUGGCCUUGCUAUGUCGUCACACAAAGAUGGACACUUACCUACCUCAGUGUUAGAGAUAAAACAGUUUUGGAGAAAUACUGCGUAUAACAUUGGAGGUUAUACGUUAAGUCUGGAUGACAUUGAACAUGGAAUAUUAAGAGGAAAUAAACCACACCCAUCUUCGCCAACACCUUUGUUUACAAAGGAAGACCCUCGCUGUGAACUUACAAUCAAACCAAUGGAUCCAAGAAUACAUUUUGCAUUAGUUUGCGGUGCCAAGUCUUGUCCACCAAUAAAUGUAUACAGCGAAAAGAACUUAGAAAAUGGAUUGAAUGCUGCAUCAAAAAACUUUUGUUCCCAAGAAGUAGAAAUUGUAGGAAAUAAGGUUAUACUAUCUAAGAUCUUUAUGUGGUAUAAACAAGAUUUUGCUGAAGAUGAUAUUUCUUUGUUGAGAUGGAUUUCUACAUAUUUGCCUACUGACAUGAAAACUAAAAUGGGACAUUUGAUCAAGCAAAUGGAAGGAAAUGAAAAAGUGGAAAUUGAAUACAAAGGAUAUAACUGGACUUUGAACAAACUUUGAAUAAAAUAGCAUAAUAUGG